AUGGAAGUCAAAGGUAAAGAAACAAAACCAAUUCAAAAUACAGGAAAUGAGACUAAAGAACUUCCAAAGAUUACAAAUUCAUUAGAAAAUGUACAAAAAGGUAUUAAACAAACACAAGAAAAGAAUGUUAGUUUUGAAGAUGAAACAAAAGAAGAAGAAAUAAGUAAAGAGUAUACAUUUGAAAAUGAAGAAUAUAAUGAAGAAACUGAAAAAAAAGAAGGAGAUGAUUUAUUAUUUACAGAAAAUUCAAUUAUUAAUGCGGCAUCAAUUCAAGACAAAAUCAACACAAAAGAAGAAAAAGCAGAAAAAAAGAAAAAUCCAAAUAAUAAAUUAAAAAAUGAAUGGAAAAAAUUAAAGAAGAGUUUAGAUUCACACCAAAAAAAGAUUAUUGAUGCUUAUAUUGAUUAUAAAGUUGAAAAAAAAGUUAAUAAAAUUAUACAACAACUACAAAAAGAUGAAACUUUUAAUCAGUUUGAAAUGUCUAAAAAAAAUUUCAAAGUUAAUGAAGAAAAAAUAAAAUAUUAUAUUAAACAACAACAAAAAGAUAUGAAACAUUUUAUACAAAAACAAAUUUUAUAUCAACGUAUGAUGUAUCAAUAUCCUUAUUAUUAUUAUCCUUAUUGUUACUAUCCUCAACCUUAUAAUAUAAAUGGUGAUUCUCCUUAUUUCUUCAAUCAAUUUAAUUCAAUUGAACAACCAUUAUCUUAUAAUCAUCAAUAUUGUUAUGGUAAAACUUGUUCUUGUUUAACCCAAAAAAAUCAACAACAUACACCAACACAUCAAGUUUCAUCAGCCCCUAUUCAGAAUGAAGUUGAACAAACACUUCACCAAUCAUCUCACCAUGCUUCUUCUCAAAGUAUUAACUUAGACAGAAAAUUAGAAAGUCAAACCAAACAAGAAAUUGAAAAUUUAUUUCCACACUCCCCAACUCCUCCUUUUCAAGUACCACAAUUCCAACAGCCUAAUUUAGUUUGUCCUUGCUAUCCACAAGCUGAUAACCAACGGCUUUGUAGUAAUUUUGGUCAACCCCAGUAUUCACAACCCUUUCAAUAA